AUGUUUAAUGUGCUAAAAAAUCAUUCAUCGAUAUCAAAUAAGCUAAUUAUACGCAAUAAUGUUCACUUUACUUCAAGAUUAUCAUUCAAAUUGCCUAAUUAUUCGAGAGUUAAUACCUUCUCAACGCAUAAUAAUCCAUUAUGUGCUUCCGCUGUAGUAUCGAUUUCUACUGACCCAGUAUUACAUCACGGGAAAUUUUAUUUCGACAACAUAUAUCCUAUCAAAAUUGGUUCUUUUGAUAUACGACAUCGUUUUGUUAGAUCAAAUAGAUCUAUAUUAGAAGUAAAGAUUAAGUCUGGAAAAUGGAUACCAUCCGAAAGUACGAUGCCUUAUGAAUUUAAAGUAGAAGGUAUAGAACCCAGGAAGAAAGAGGGUGGAAUGUUUGUCAACUUUUCGUUUCGUGCCGAUCCUAAACUUAAAGAAUCUGCAUUGGAAGAGAUUGAAAAUCACAUUAAAGAUCAUUUAACUGAAAAUAAAUUGGUCCCAUGGUUUAAUUUUCAGCCGAAUACGGCUUAUCUUGUUGAGGGUGAACCUUUUAUUGAGGAUUUGGUUCAGAGAUAUCCAGCAAGCCGCCUGCGUGUCGAAUUUAAGGGGCCUGAUAUCUCAAUAGAAUCUCUAUUCUACACAUUUCGAAAAUAUGGUUUAAUUCGUGACAUAACUUUACAAGAAUCAGCCAAAGAACCCCCACGAUAUGCAAUGAUAAUAUAUUCAAGUAUGAGAUCAGCUGCUAGUGCUAGGAAUUGUGUUCAUGGAAGAUUAAUUAAUAGCACGAGGUUGAAUAUUUUUUAUGAUCAGCCUCUUAAAUCAAAUCUUAUAUACAAUUGGAUGGUCGCACAUCCAAGAAUUUCUGUUCCCCUUAUUGCUGCUAUAAUUGCUGGGGUUUCAUAUAUUAUCUUCGAUCCUAUCCGAAUUUUCUUUAUCAAAUCUAAAAUUACACAACGGUUUAACCUACAAGAAUAUCGUAUAUAUCAAUGGCUUAAAAGACAGGCAAUUGAACGUAUUUUAUAUUGGAAUAAAUCAAGUUAUGAUCCAUUGGCUGACAUAAGUACUUGGAAAGAACGAGAACAAGAAGAACAAAAAUUACGAAAUUGGUUGAAAGAACCUCCAGAAACGCUUAUUGUCUUAUUGGGCCCAACUGGAACUGGUAAAAGUAGAUUUGUCGAUAAAGUAAUUCAAGAUAAAAAGAAUAAAAUAGUGAUUAAAUGUGAUGAAAUUUUAAAUUCACACAAUGAAAAUGAGGUUAUCUUGAAAUUGGCGAAACAAGUAGGAUAUUUCCCUGUGUUUUCAUUAUUAAUCUCUAUGUCCAAUCUUAUCGAUGGAUUGGCAAGCGCGAUGAUUGGAAAUAAAACACUUGGUUUUUCAUCAUCCGCCGAUUCUGAAAUAAUAAAGAUUCUUGAUACGCUUGCGAUCGCAUUACAUGAUAUUUCACCCGAAUCUCUAACUAAAAAACGUCAAAGGAAAUCAAAUAAAUUUGUUGAACCUCAAUUUGUAGAAUCUUAUGACCCUGCUGAUAUUCCAAUCGUGGUGAUUGAUUCGUUCAUGACUAAAGAUACAACUGAAAGGCAAGAAAUCUGGAGUCAUUUAGCCAAAGUAGCUGCCUUAUUGGUUGAUAAUGGUGUUGCACAUGUAAUAUUUGUAAGUUCUAAUGUGGGAAUUGUUAAGAGCUUGAGUAAAGCAUUUCCUAAUAAGACAUUCAACUAUUGCAAUCUUACCGAUGCUCCUAAUGAAAGAGCUGUGAAUUUGGUUAAAACGAAUGUUGAAGGUUACAAUGUUGAAGAAUUAGAAGAACAUGUUAAACUUUUAGGUGGCAGAGUAACUGAUCUUAGAUUUUUUAUAAAUAAAAUUCGUGGCGGACAAACACCUCAAGAUGCCUUAAUUGAUUUAAUAAAAAAGGCCAAUAUCGAGAUUCGAAAAAUUGGCUUUGGUGAUGAUACAGACGAUGCAAAAACAAUUCCUUGGAAAGGGAUACAAUUUUGGAAAGUAAUGAAAGAAUUGAUUCAAAAUGACUAUGUAUGCAAUUUUUCUCUAUUCAAGGAUGUAUCAUACGAUGCAAUCAAAUUUUCGCCAUUCUUUAAUGGAGACGAUACAUCAAUUAGAGCUAUGGAAGAAGCAGAGUUGAUAACUAUUUUACAGCUUAGUGGUCGACCGGAUCAGAUUCAACCUGGAAAACCACUUUAUAAAGCUGCGUUUAACCAAAUAAUAUCCGACUCCUUGUUUGCUGCUACAAUGGAAUUGCAAACUGCCCAAUUUAUGUUAUCACUUGAAACUGGCAAAAUAAAUAAAUGUGAAGAAGAAUUAGAGAAAUUAGGACAUUUAUUUGUUAAACAAGAAGGAAAAUGGUUAUUAGGUGGCGGACAUGUUCCAGCCUCUGUAGAAGAGAGAGUGAAAUUUUUAUUGGCGAGGAUGCAGAGAUUUCAUGCGAGUGCUGAGAAGUGGCAAACAGAAGUUGACAGACUUAAAAAAGUUGUUGCAAGUGGUAGUGCAUAA